UCGUCACGUGACCUCAUGCUGCGCCAUCUAGCCAGAUCAGUCUCGAAGCUCCUUGCAUCCUUCGUGUAUUUUUUCGUGAGUGAAACGUACCCGGUUUAUUUUUCAAGAAUCGUUUUUCUCCGAGAAAUUCACAAUGGUUUCGUUAAAUCCCGUGAGGAUUUUGAAGGCAAAUGCCGAGGAGGAAAAGGCAGAAACAGCCCGUCUGGAUUUAUUCGUCGGUGCGAUCGCGAUUGGUGACCUCGUAAAAUCCACUCUAGGUCCUAAGGGAAUGGACAAAAUUUUGGUCGCUCACGGUCGUUCUGCUGGCCAAGUGCAAGUCACCAAUGAUGGUGCAACAAUUCUGAAAAGUGUCGGAGUUGACAAUCCAGCUGCGAAAAUCCUCGUCGAUAUGUCCAGGGUUCAGGAUGAUGAAGUUGGCGAUGGAACUACUUCUGUUACUGUCCUUGCUGCUGAAUUAUUGCGAGAGGCAGAGAAGAUGAUCGAGCAGAAAAUUCAUCCACAGACGAUAAUCACGGGCUGGAGAAUGGCGGUCGAAGUUGCACGAACAGCUCUUCAAAACGCAGCUUCUGACAACUCUGCUGAUCCCGAACGUUUCCGGGAGGAUUUAAUGAAUAUUGCUCGCACAACUUUAAGCUCGAAGAUCCUAUCUCACCACAAGGAACAGUUCAGCAAGUUGGCAGUGGACGCAGUCACGAGACUCAAGGGAUCCGGAAAUCUCUCAGCAAUCCAGAUAAUUAAAAAACGAGGAGCAACCCUCGCUGAUUCCUUCUUGGACGAAGGAUUUUUGCUGGACAAAAAGCCCGGAGUUCACCAGCCCCAGAAGAUCACGGAUGCUAAAAUCCUUAUCGCCAACACUCCCAUGGAUACAGACAAAAUUAAGGUCUUCGGCUCAAGGGUUAGAGUUGACUCGAUGGCGAAGAUUGCAGAGUUGGAAGUUGCCGAAAAAGAGAAGAUGAAGGACAAGGUUGACAAGAUCUUGAAACACGGCUGCAACGUUUUCAUAAACAGGCAGUUGAUUUACAAUUACCCGGAGCAAUUGUUCGCUGACGCAGGCGUCAUGGCAAUCGAACAUGCAGACUUUGAUGGAAUCGAGCGACUCGCGCUCGUCACUGGUGGCGAGAUCGUCAGCACUUUUGAACAUCCAGAGCUGGUGUCUCUAGGAAAAUGCAAAGUGAUUGAACAGGUGAUGAUUGGGGAAGACACCCUCCUACGUUUUUCGGGCGUUUCCCUUGGAGAAGCCUGCACAGUCGUGAUUCGUGGAGCAACUCAGCAAAUUCUCGAUGAGGCCGAGCGUUCCUUACACGAUGCCCUUUGCGUUUUGGCCGCAACAGUCCAGGAGUCGAGAGUUGUCUAUGGUGGUGGAUGCAGCGAAAUGGUGAUGGCCUGCGCUGUUAUGCGUGCUGCUGCAGCUACCCCAGGCAAAGAAGCCGUCGCUAUGGAAGCGUUCGCCAAGGCUUUGUCCCAACUUCCAACCGUCAUCGCUGAUAAUGCCGGAUACGAUUCCGCACAAUUGGUCAGCGAACUUCGUGCCUCUCAUAAUUCUGGAGCUUGUACCAUGGGUUUAAACAUGGACCGUGGUGAAAUUGGUUGCAUGAAGAAGCUCGGAAUCACGGAAUCCUGGGCCGUAAAAAGGCAGGUUCUUUUGAGCGCAGCUGAAGCAGCCGAAAUGAUUCUUCGUGUUGAUAACAUUCUCCGUGCAGCGCCCAGAAAACGAGUCCAAGACCGUGGACGUUGUUAAUUUCAUUCUUCAUCAUCCAAUUUGCAUUUUCACUGCUUUUUUAAUGACCACAAAAAUAUUAUAAUAUUGUCCCAAUAAUGUUUGUAAGAAUUAGUUAAGAAUCAUUGCUCGUUUGCACAUCUUCGAAUAAUAUUUUUUGCUUAAAAAAUGACUGAUAUACUCAAAGAAGAAGAAGGUGAUGAAAAAGAAAACAAUGAAGAUUAAGAGAAGAGGUUAAUAUUGUUCAACGAAACACAAACAAAUUUUCGUCAGGUUUUUGCAGUAAGCGUUCUUUUUUAUAAAAUUGCACCAAACGUUUAAUAUGAAUAAAUACUUGAACCGUUAUAUUCCUUUUGCAUUACUACAUUUUACAUACUAAUAACUAAUCAACUUUUGUUUGGUUGAUUAAAAAAAAAGCAGUUUAUUGUAUUUUCAUGUCAAGUGAAUUUGUAAUAGUUUUGUCGGUACAUCAAAUAAAAAAAGUACAAUUUUUGCUGCUUUUGAUUUCGAAA